CAAAGGGGUCAAGAGUUACAAGAAGCUGAAACUUAAGUUUUACAAAGAUCUGAUAUCUAACUCAUUUGAUGCAUACAGAACAAAAGGAAAGCACCGAUUGGGGUUUGGGCCAUAGUAUUUCCCGGUAAUUUCUUUGAAGCUAAACAGUUCUUAAAAUUGGGGCAGGCUCAUUUUAUGACAGAUCAUCACCGGGUCGGGAAAAGGUCACUAGAAACCCAAAUUCUUUAUGGCCUAGAUAGAUAGGUGAGGGGAGAAGGAGGCAAUAAGGCGCCAUACGGAACAGAGAACAGCGGUUAUGUGUCAAGGUCAGGUAAAGGGUUAAACUCAUAUGCAAAUCUCUGCACACAAGCAGGUUACUUUAAACAAAUGUAAAUUAAUGGGCCAUUCUAGUUUUCUUUAGCUCUUUAGCGGAGAAUAGAGGCGCCUAACAGUGAUUAACAACCCUUGUUAGCUUGUUUUAGCACAACUUCUGUAGUUUGUAGAGUGCAACAGUGGUUAACACAUCAGUUAGGUGAGAUUCUUGCAAUUCUUUACAGAGGAGAGUGUUGCUCAACAUAUCAAUUAGGUCACUUAACAUAUCAGUUAGGGAAAAAGGAUAAAACAAACACAUUUAGUAAGCCACUUUACAGGUUUGCUAUAAUACACAUAUAACGAAGCUAUUUUCUUAGAGUACAACAUUCUGUUACCCAGGGUUCCUUGGGAGAACAAAGCUGGGUGGGCCGGGUCAGAAUGUUCCAUUGCCAUGGUGACUGCCUGGCGGCAAAUCAACACCGCAGACUUCACACAGGCUUCAGAUAGCUGGACGUGAAAGGGCAGCAAGAACUGGUUUGUUAGCAUAAUGGCAACUAUGAACAGAACCAAUGAAAAAAUGAAGAAACUUCUAGGAAGGAGACAGUAUCUCCUGAAGGAGAUCAAUGAAAAGCGUGAAUCCAACUGUUUAGUAGAAAGAAGCAAUCAAGUCAGCUUACUGAGGGCUCAAAAGAGGCAUUUCAUCAAUGCCUAUCAGCCCCUUGCCUCCAUCCAGGAUAAAGAACCUGUUCCUGACAGUGGCAGGAGCUCUUGGGUCCAAAUGAGUCACAUUGUUCACAAAGAGAGAAAGCACUUUUCACCAAAAAAUAAUGCUAUAUUCGGAUAAAGUGCAUCUCCAGAGACACACAAAUAUAUGCUUUGAAACUUCAAUGCCUGUGCAAAUUAUUUAGAAAUAUUAAUCACAAAAGAAGCUAAAUGAAUUAGUUAACCGGGCUAUAAAAUGUUUGAGUCCUAUUAAACAUACAUCUUCAUUCAUUCCAUUGCAUCCUUUAGACUUCAUUUUGGGUAUCUGACAGGCUCUGGAUCAUUAGAGACACUUUCAAAGGUGAAUUACCUAAAGCUUAUAGUGAUCUAAAUGUUUACUGAUCAAAAUGUUUUAGUGUUAGUUUAGUUUUGUUUCUGUGAGUCACACCAGUUAGGUUGCAAGCUAAGUGCUCAGUCAAUACCUCCAAUUGUUUAACUGCGUCACUUUGUCAUGAUUUAAAUUACUGCAUACUUGAUAGGCCCUAUAAGGUGUGCAUAGU